UAAUACAUUGUAUAUGAAUAUAUUUACAAUGGGAUUAUACUUUCUCAGCAAAGUCCAAGUCCAGAUUCACGUACAUUUUUAGGCUGAAUCCCAUUCGGGACUUUCACCAUGAGAGGAACUGGAUCAAGCUAAACAUGGUGCACAGUGACGAAGAUAAUGCACACCCUGUUUGUAUCACCAGCCGUGUGGGGAGUAGAAGGAAUGUGGAUAAAAAGGGUAUCUCCAAGAUGGUUGCAACCUACAUCUUCCUGAUCUGCGUGGUGUCGUGUGUUGUGGCCCAAGAUCCACGCAAAUGUUGUCUCCCCAACAGUUGGCAAGCUUACACUGCACAAGGUGGCAGACUCAACCAAGACCCAUUGCCCUACUCUAUAUUCUACUCCGAUUUCACCCUGAAGAAGGAAGCCCAGCAGGAAAUGCUGCUGAAACCCGGAUCUGCCCCUGUUGCAGGCUUUAGGACCGUCACCGACCACAACAAACGGAAAACAUACAGGAUCUCUCCAGCCGGCAAGUGCACAUCGUUUGCUAACCCUGUCCCUAUGAUCGCUUGUAUCCCAGAUUCCGCAACAUUCCUUGGGAGAAAGCUAUGUUGGUCUCCCCAAAUACGGUACUGCCUUUAACGCCUGGAAAUUUUCACUGGAUCCUUACAAGAUGAACAUCACCAUCACCGUGGCACAAGACAGUUGUACUCCCAUCUUCGAGGAUAUCAGUGGUCCUUAUGUUAAUUUGACUCUGUUCUUCAACGGAUUCUCAACCCCGGUUUCUAACACGUCGGUGUUUGAUGUGCCAUCACCAUGCUAAAGACGCCACUCAGUGGGUGGUUGCUGGAAGGACCUGCAUAACCUUCAGCCAGAGACCCUGUUCUGUUAGAUAUCAACUGAUUUAGACUGUUUACUAUGGCUUAUUCAAUAAUGUAUUAACAGACAGAAGAGAGCCCCAUUUACAAUCCUUUAAGACAGGUUUGUGGAAAGGGCAAUGACAGUACUUGCAGAGAUGAACAUUACAAUAAUUAAUGUUAUGAUGGGUAAAUUAUCUGUAUGUAUGAUUUCAUGUUAAUUCAUUUAUUAUAUACACGUCAUUGUAACAAGUGGUAAUUUCAUUUCACGUAAAUAAAAUAUUCACUUUACUUUACAUCUGCUUGCUUUAACUUGGGGAGAACAUUCACUGCCACGUUUCCUGCUGUCAAAGGAUCUCAGCACAUUUGUUUCUUUGUCGCACCCAGCGACUUUCUAGGUUUAUGACGACAGUCUGGCGAUAAUCUGACACAGCCGCAACUUCUUAUGACACCGCAGCUAAUCUGACACAGCCGCAACUUCUUAUGACACCGCAGCAUGAGUGACAGAACACUUCGCAUAUUGUGCAAUGUUUGAUUGCUUCCAUGCGUCAUCAUCUGGGCUCAUGGUGGUCAUAAACAAUACUGACAUUUUGACCACCCAUAUGUCACUCACGUCUGUGUAAAUGUUUCAUGUGGUUUACCAGAGAUACAUGUCUAGUGUUAUUAUAGUGUCAUGAUCUUUUGUUGCUUGUAUCUUGUUUAACAGUUUUGUUAUUAAACUUUGAAAGUCAA